AUGGCUAGAAGAGACGAGCAAUUAUGCAAAAGAGAAGAAGAAGAUGAUAUUAUUCCUAAGCCAAAAAUUGACUGUAAAUCUGCUGAUGCUGCCUCAAUGCUCAGGAUGCAAGCACAGCUUAAUGUUGAUAAUUUAAGACAUGAUGAUACUAUUUUGGAUUAUACAUUCAUGGUUUGUACCAAAAGUAUAGCUUAUGCACCACCAGAAAGUAAAUUAUUGGCGUUGGCAUUUAAUCUUAGAAGUGAAAUUACUUUCAAGGCUAAAUUAAUCAGUGAUUGUCUUGAAGAUAUUAAGAAUGCAUUGCUCACUCACAGUUGUCCGGAUGAAGUGAGAUCAGAAUUGUAUCUUCGCCAAGCAACAUGUUAUCAAAUCACAAAAAAAAAUCAAUCUUUAAUUGAUGAGGCAUUUUUAAAUGCACGAAAAUUUGUAAAAAACAUGAAAGCUCAAUCACGUGAUUUGAUGGAACGUAAAAUUGUUCUUCAAGAAAAUAAAACACCAAAUGAUCCAAUGUAUUAUAAAGUAACAUAUAAUGAACAUCCAUCAAUGGUACAAUUAAAAAAUGAAAAUCCAGAUAUUCCUGGUGCAUCUGAUGCAAUUACAAUUAAAUAUGAUGAAAAUUAUGGAAGACAUAUUGUGGCAACACGAGACAUUAAACCAGGUGAAACAUUGUUGGUACAAAAACCAUAUGCAGCAGUUUUAUAUCCAUCAAUGAGAUAUAAUCAUUGUUGGUAUUGUCGUAAACAAACAUGGUCAAGUAUACCAUGUGAAAAAUGCACAAAAGUUAUGUUUUGUUCAUCUGGUUGUCGUGCUAAAGCAAUGCUUGAGUUUCAUGAUUAUGAAUGUCCAAUUAUUGAAACAAUUUUAAGUUACAGUGAUGAUACUAGCUUCCUUUUGGAUUUACAAUUAUUAAUAAAAGGAUUUAAGGAAUCCAACAACUCUCUUGAUGAAUUGAAAAUAAUUUUUGAUGAAGUUGAAAAAGAACCAGAAUCAUUGAAACGUGGAUGUACAGAUGACAAAUUUAUUUUUUCAACUUUUCGUGGUAUCCUCAGUCUGGCAGUAAAUAUGAGUUUUAAUGAAGUCAGAGCAAGUUAUUUAUUAGCAAAUAAUAUCUUGACAGCUUAUCAUAUUGCAACAAAAACAAAUAUAAUUGGUGAAAAUAUCAGUGGUAAAUUGUCUAUAUUGAAAGAUAACGAAAAUUUUGUAUUUUUGAUGAAUGUAUUAUCAAAAUUAACAUAUAUUGCUGAUACAAAUAGUCAUCAAUCAUCAUCAGUCAACGCAGAUGGAAAAAACGUACCAAUAUUUGUAUCAAUAGAACCUGUAUUUCAUUUUUUUAAUCAUUCUUGUGUACCAACAAUGACAAAAAUAUGGCACGAAAAUCUUGAAAAUUCAUUUCUUGAAUAUGAUGAGACUGACUUUAUUGAUACUUCAAAUGCUUUACGAUUAGAAAAAAAAAUAGAAAGCUUUAUCAAAGUUGUUGAGUAUUUUUGUGAAAAUUUUCAAAAAAAUUCUGUACAAGUUUAUGAUGUAACGACAUGUCUUCAUAAAUUACUUAAACUUAAACAAAAUAAAAAAACACUAUUAUUACAUGCAUGGAGAAAUUAA